AUUUAUUUUCAUGACAUUUAGCGAUGUCAAAAUAAAUUUCAUUACAAGUAAUUUUAUUUUUCAUAAAAUAAAUUAAAAACAAGAUUUAAGUUCGCUAAAUUUAUAAUUACUAAUUAAACACAUAUUAGAUUACUCCAAUAAUAAUGGCUGGGUUAUUCAGAUCGCUUAUUAAUAGGGCUCCUGGUAUAUUGAGAGCUGGACCAACAAAACAGAUUACAUUUAGAAACUUUGUUGUGUCUUCCUCACUUUUAAGCCCUCGAGUGCAGGAACCUGCUCCAGAAUUUAGUGGAAUAGCUGUCAUCAAUAAUGAUUUCAAACAAAUUAAAUUGGCCGAUUACAAAGGAAAAUUUGUCGUUCUAUUUUUCUAUCCAUUAGACUUCACAUUUGUAUGUCCUACGGAACUCGUUAGUUUAGAUGAAAGGAUUGGAGACUUUCAAAAGUUAAAUGCUGAAGUUAUAGGAUGUUCAAUAGAUUCUCAUUUUUCACAUUUGGGAUGGAUUAAUACAAAGAGAAGCGAAGGCGGACUGGGAAAUAUCCGUUAUCCACUUCUUUCCGAUAUAAAUAAAGAUAUUGCAAAGGCGUACGAUGUUUUAUUAGAAAAAGAAGGCGUAGCGUUAAGAGGCAUGUUCAUUAUUGAUCCAAAUGGAAUUCUUAGGCACAUCACCGUAAACGACUUGCCCAUUGGAAGAUCUGUAGAUGAAGCUUUGAGGAUUGUAGAAGCUAUUAGAUUUACUGAUGAACACGGAGAAGUGUGUCCAGCUAAUUGGAAAAAAGGUGAAAAAACAAUAAAACCAGAUCCAAAAGGUUCUCUAGACUAUUUCAGGACGGUAGAAAAGUAAGGUUAACUUAAAUUAUUUUGUUUAAACAUAAGGUACAUUUCUUCUAUAAUCUAACAGGUGUUCCGGUGAGAUCAGACCUGAAUAAUUUUUUUUGUGAUUUAUUUUCAUGUUACAGUUUAAAAAAUUAAUAAAACAUUUUAAUUAUUGUAUUUUUUU